CCAACCCGCAAACCCUUUCAAAUGUGCGUGAUGAGGCUGCCCAGAGCACCGCACUCCGUAUAAUUACCAAUGCCUGCAUCGUCGACGGUGUCCGCAUUGGUGUCCACUUUUCGAAGGAAGAUGACAACGACUUUCUUCGACUUGUCGCUUCCUAUAUAUUCGCCCGCCUACCUUCGUCUCCAUAUCUCUUCGCCAUAGCCACCACUGGUGCAUUGCCAACCAAUGGUGGUACAGGGCGUGGUGCCUGCAUUUCAGACGCACUCAUCAUCUGCGGGUCAGAUGAAGAUGAUAUGCAGCGAGCUGUGCUCCUCGCGUCCUCCAGAUUUCCAGGACGUGUCGAUGCAGUUGACAACACAGGUACACUCAUUGCUCAGGCUGCCUCCAUACGACAUAUGGGCUCCUCGUCAUACGACGAGGCCGCCUUGUGGGACGUGUUGUUCAACUCCGUGCGCAAUCUCGUCAAUCCUCAUCUUCCUCCCCCUGGAUCUCGUAGCAUCGACCAAAUUCUCUCCGACGCCCGGUCCAAGCUUGAACGAAUGACGCCUCAACAAGCUCACGACGCAUUUCACGAUCCCACAUACCCAGUGCCGGUCUUUCUCGUGGAUAUUCGCCCAGCUUCACAGCGUGAUCGUGAAGGCGAGAUCCACGGAUCUCUCAUCAUUGAGCGAAACGUGCUGGAGUGGCGUUUUGACCCACGCUGCGAAGCGCGAUUAACCAUCGCAGAUCGCUAUGAUUCGAAGAUUAUAAUAUUUUGCCAUGAAGGGUACACCAGCUCAUUGGCUGCGGCGUCCCUGCACGAGCUUGGGUUGUUUAAUGCGACUGAUAUAGUGGGCGGUUAUGCUGCGUGGAUCGCAGCUGGUCUGCCAUGUCAAUAGGGGCUAUUGAUGAGGAAAGCUAUCAACAGAUGGAUUUUAUCAAUUGUACCAACAGAGAUGACACCUCACAGGUGGCAAGCUUGGCAGGAAAUGCGAUAUACGGGGUAGCGCGGGGAUAUGUGCAUAACCGAUAUCCUUUCUUGAUGUGAACUUAGGAUAGAAAGACUGUUCCUUUGCUGCAAUUUUGCU